CUUUCCUUCUCUCUCUCCCUUUUGCUCUGUCUGCCAGGCUAAGUUGGUUUCAGACAGUGCAUCACACACAUACACGUGCCACUCUAUGUCUCUAGUAGCUCUCCACUCAUCUCCUCUCUCUUCCUCUUUCUCCUCACUCACCAUGGAUUCACAUCACUAAAGAGUGGAUUAUUCCUCCUGGUUUUUCCUCUUCACUCCUCUGCGCUUCAUUCGGUGUGUUUGGGUGUCUGUUUCAAGGUGGGAAUGCUCGUGUCUGCGACAGCACUGUUGGGGGCUACGCUGGGUACCGUGUCUGGAGUGUUGACACUGUGUGGUCUCUCGUUGCUGUGCAAGAGCUGUAAGAAGGGGAAAUUUGAAAGAGGGGAUGAGACUGACCCCGAGAAAGCCAAACCCAGUAUCCUGCAUACUCUGACACAGUUCAGUGUGCAGAAGUGCACAGAACCCAUCCAGCCUCAAGCAUCUUUGAAGUUUCCUAAAAUCUACCGCCCCAAACCUUGUGUCACUUCUCAAGAGGUAAACUACAAAGAACAUGGAGCUGCCAAUGACACGUCUGCUGCCGAGCUCGACACCUGUAACCAGGCAACCGAUCGUGAGGAGGUCUUCUCUCUCCAGCGGCAAGCUUCUGCAGAUGAAACGCCCUGCACAUCUGAGCAAACUGGUGCCAUGACGACAAGUAACUCCAUCCUGUAUCCUAAACUACACUUCUCCAUCAGCCUGCACAAAGAAAAUGGAGAGCUACACAUCAGCAUUGUAGAAGCGGAGAAUAUAUCAGUGGAGGCCGGAUGUGAGGGAUAUAUAUCAGGGUGUGUAAGCAUCUCUGAAGAGCAGAAGAACGCUCACACAGCCGUCCACAAGCUAGCAGCACAUGUGCAGUGGGGAGAGGAGCUGGUGUUCGCUCUCCCCAUGGAGGGCACAGAAGACACAGACAGUCUAGAUGGUGAGGUGGCCCUCUCACUUCACUGCUGUGAUCGAUUCUCCCAUAAUUCCACUCUGGGCACGAUGCGCUUUAAGUUGGCUGAUAUCAGCAUGAUGUUGGAUGCUGAUUGCUGGGUUGACUUACAGCCACCUAAACAGCAGGAAGUGGCAUCAUCAUCUGGAGAGCUACUAUUGUCACUCAGUUAUCUGCCAGCGGCCAAUAGACUUGGGGUGGUGGUAAUGAAGGCAAGAGGACUUCAGUCAGACAAACUGAAAGAUAACAUAGAUCUAUCGGUAAAGCUGACCUUGAAACACCAAAAUGCCAAGCUGAAGAAGAAGCAGACGCGGCGAGUGAAGCACAAGAUGAAUCCGGUCUGGAACGAGAUGAUGAUGUUGGAGCUGCCCAGUGAGUUACUGGCUAAAUCCAGCGUUGAAUUGGAGGUACUGAACCUGGCCAGUCCCGGGACCCUGCUCCCCCUGGGCCACUGCAUGCUGGGGCUCCACACCCCUGGGACUGGCCUGCAGCACUGGAAACAGAUGCUAGAUAAUCCACGCAAACAAAUUGCAAUGUGGCAUCCUCUAUACACCUAAGAAUACGGGUUAAUAUUCUGCAAAACAUCACCUAUACGCAAUGUGUGGUUGGAUUUUUAUUACAGUACUCGAUUGCUGUGUAAAAACAUAAUAUUUAAGUAGAUAUAAUGAGUGAACCCAGUUGUUAUCAUUUCUUAAUAUGAAACUAUUUUCUCUGCAGUACUAAUAUUGUUACACAGUAGUUUAGAGUAUUUUAAUGUAAGCAGUGCUGCAUUUACCUUUGUUGUUGUUAAUGUGUCUUCAAAUUACUCAUUGCUAUUUUAAACUGGUCCGGCUUGAAGCCAUCCUCAUCUCCUAACACUUGUCAGAUAUAAAAUAUGACUGAACAGCCCACUCAGUCAAUACCAUAGUGACUGAUGGGAGAGAGAAGCAAACGGCUCAUAUCUGAUAUACUGCAGAGUGUAAAGCCUGGCUGGAUCAGAUCAGGAGAAAGGUUAAACUACUGUAUCUAACCAGGUUUGGCAGAACAGAUGUCCCUCAUAACUCAUCAUAAAUAAAAAAUCACAACAAAUAUUAGGUUAAAACACUCUUUGUCAGAUGAAGCCCUUAUGUAAUCCACAGGCAGUGUUUUUCUGAAAGCAUCAGAUAAUACAGCAUACAGAAGUCAGUCUACUCAGAACACUUAGAAAAACAUUCGAAUAUAAUUCAUUUUUAAGUUUAAUAGCAAACAGUGUGGUUUUCCUGCUAUGAAGGCUUAUGGAUCCUCUUAGUCACACUGUCACAGCUGAAAAGAUGGAGCCCUGCUCACUAACUGUAGAUUGUGGAUAGUACCUUUACAGCAGUAACACACUAAAUAAAUAUACAGGGUCUCAAUAGGGCAGCUUUACUGUUCUCAAGAUGCAUGUAUACAGAAAAAAAAUGUAAAUGUACCACUGUCUUUUAAUUUAAAAAAUGUAAAUAUACUGUAUAUAAACAGCAGGAUAUGUAUACUAUAUACCAUAUGUGUAUUAGCAGGAUGAAGUAUCUCACCAGGUACUGCCAGGCUCCAGGAAAGUUACUAGGGGCAAUUACUUUACCAUCAUUAUACUCUUGAGUGUAAUAGAGGAUGAUGCUCUCUACCAUUAUUGUACUUUUAAACAUUUUAGAUGAAAAAAUUAAACUCAUAGCUGGAAUGAAAAUUACUCAGUUUGGAGACCUAUGAAAGCCUGUUUAAAAAAAAAUAGUAAUAAUUAAAAAAGGUAAUUGCG